AUGGCUUUCUUUCAUCAGACCAAUGCAUUGAACAGCCGGGCCAAUUUCUCCAUCAGAAGUGUUCGAGUAAACUUGCCACAUGCCCCGUACUACUUGCUAAGCGAUGGUGGGCCUGAUUUUUCAGAGGCGGCUGGCGAGCUCAAUGUUUCUCCCUUUCGUGCUGAAGGCAUGCAUUUGUCACAGUCAUUCAAUCCGAACUUUACCUGCCAAGGGCACCUGCAGAGAAUUGCGCAGGCUGCUAGAUGGGCCUCCCAGCAUGGGGCGGCCUAUCUCAUGAUAUGGGAGGAUGACACAAGGAUGUUGAAGCCGAUGCAGACGAUUCCCGACGUCGAUCUUCUUACUAUGGGCAACAUUGACAACAAGCACGUAGGAUUUUGGAACAGUGAUAUCCGAGAGAAGUCGAUGAAGACACCGACCGAGCAGCUGGCGCCAGCUGACCAAAGGCGUGUCAAGCAGCAAGACAAAUUUGCCGCUCGGAAAGGAUACUCGGCGGGGCCUGGGAGCGUACUCAGAAUCGAUCCUUUCUUGAAGGCAGUCGAUGCCACUCCUGCGACAGACUUGCGUGACAUGUAUACGUACACUGAGCAGGACAUGUGCUGGGAAGAUUUUGCUAUCGGCAACGAUCUGAGGAUAAGGCGAAAUCCUGAAGUCCAGCAGGUUACUUGGGCCUUUAACGAUGGGGAGUUCGUCGGUCAAACGACGGAACCUGGCAGAAACCUCAGGUGUCUGGAGUGCUUAGACGCUUGCAAGCUCUACCCGGCUGCCGUGGCAGAGUUUUGCCGAGUGCUGCGUCCAAGCGGCAGGGCUGCCCUGCUCACGAACGAGGCCAAUGCUGGACGGCUCGCGGAGGCCUUGGCUUCAGGACCUUGGCACGUACUGUGCCGGCGAAAGUUGCUGUUAGGCCACAUGGAGGCAGUUCUUUUCCUGGCGCGCGCCGGCGAAGAUGCGCGAGCAUGCGAGCAGCUCGAAACUAAGGGCUCCAUGCGGCUGCCGUGGGAGGACCAGAACGGGCGUCGAACGUGGUCUUCCAUGAAAGCUUCACUCCGCCAGCCUAUGCGAGCAGUUGCGGGCGGCAAGAAGAGUCGGAGGUGA